AUUCCCUCGCCCCAGCCUAGAUCCUCUUGCGACCCGCCAUAUUCUCCUAGACUUCAGAACCGUCAUAUGAGCCUCGUUCAGUUUGCACCGCUCAACGAGUACAUUAACUCUUUACUUAUCGAGUUGCAGCCGUAGGUCGCCCAUCGAUCCCGUGCGUCGGAUCCACGUGUCACUUGGACGCUUUAGCGUUGAUCGCGUUCCCCUGCUUGCGGCGUUAGCGAUUUAGAACCGAAGUUCGCAGCUUGCGGCGUUGCCGUCCCGCAGCGCACCAUGGAUUUAAAGCCGCAGCAGCAACAGAUGUCGCCCGCCGUACCCGAGGGAGGCGGCGGCGAGGUGAAGCCGGCAACUUCAGAGCUGGAGGCAGCAGGCGGCGCGCGGAGCGACGCCCCGUCUGCUCCUUCCGCUGCCGAUGAUCAUGCGGCGACCGGCGCUGUGCCGUCCGCUGCUACAGCCGAUGCCCGCGCGACAAGGGUUGCCGGCGGCGGCACGUCCGCUACAGACGUUCGUGGGCCGAGUGCCGCCGCGUCUGCCGCACCCGACUCUUCCGGCGCGCAGAGAGAGGCCCCACAAGCGCAACAAGUGCAACAAGCGCAACAAGCGCAACAAGUGCAACAAGCGCAACAAGCGCACGCGCAAUCCCUUCCGCAGGGAUCCCCCCAGGGGGCGCUGAGCGUGCCGCACGCGCUACUGUCGGACUUCGCGGAGACUGGCGUGCUGGACUUGGCGCACGACCUGGGGAUCAUCCCCGCCUCCGCGCACGCGGAAGGGGCGAAGCCGUCGCCAGUCUCACCGCCCACCAAACCUGCCCUCCAGCAGCAGCAGGGGCAGCAGGCAGCAUCGGGUGCAGCAGGCGGGUGGGCAGGGCCCUCUAUGGCGGGAGGGGGGGCAGGAACCAUGGCAGGGGCAGGCAGGGUGGCAGGGGGCGUAGCAGCCCCCUCAGUGGACAGCGGCAGUCACGACUCCACUGACCGCGGCCGCCUCGGAACCACCGCCGCCGCUGCUGCUGCUGGGGGAGCGGGAGGUGGUGGGCCAGGGGGGGCGAUAGGUGGAGGGAUGGCUGGUGGGGUGGCUGCAGCAGGUGGGGCGGCGAGUGGGGCGUCCGGGCUGGGCAUGGGGAUGGGGUUUCUGCCAGGGGACGAGUUUGGGGCGGAUGGGGCGGCAGCUGACUCCUUGGACAAUGACGCCAAGCGCAAGCGGCGUCUGCCACGGGCAGCAGAUAGAGGGAAGGGCUUGAGGCACUUCAGCAUGAAAGUGUGUGAGAAGGUGGAGUCCAAAGGCCGCACCACAUACAACGAGGUGGCGGACGAGCUGGUGGCAGAGUUCACAGGGCUGCAAGGGACUGCCAGCCUGCCACAAGACCAGCAGUACGACGAGAAGAACAUUCGGCGGCGCGUGUACGACGCGCUGAACGUGCUGAUGGCGAUGGACAUCAUCUCCAAGGAGAAGAAGGAGAUCAAGUGGAAGGGCCUCCCGCCCUCCUCCGCCUCGCACCAGCUCCUCAUGGCGGAAUCAUCGCGGGUGCGCAGUCGGGUGGAGAAGAAGGCAGCUCACCUGGAGGAGUUGAAGGAGCAGAUGGCUGGCAUCGAGCGUCUCAUGCGGCGCAACGAGGCCAGCAGCCAGCAGGGAGGACCACCUCCGGGCGGCGGAGUAGCGCUGCCCUUUAUUCUCGUGCAGACCCGCCCACAGGCAACAGUGGAGGUGGAGAUAUCGGAGGACAUGCAGCUCGUGCACUUCGACUUCAGCACUCAUCAACGUUCCUACGCCACUCCACUGUGCUCUGUGCUCUCUCCUCUCUCCUCUCUUCUCUGCCCCCGCUCCUCCCUCUCCCAGCAUGCCUGUCGAGUUGCGCGACGACAACUAGGUGCUGCGAGCUAUGGAGCGCUGUGCUCGCCAUCAUCCCCACCAAUCAUCAACAUGACGACCGCUACGUGCGGCGAACCAUGGAGGAGCUCUGUUUUUGAGAAUUCUCAAAAACAAAACACAUCGCCACCAUCGCCACGACUCAUCAUUGUGCCUCGCCCCAUGCUCUCCCUCACUGCUCUGUGUGCUGUUCUCUUCCCCUUCUCCCCUCUCCCCUCUCCCAGUACCCCUUUUGAGCUGCACGACGACAGCUACGUGCUCCGUGCCAUGGGCCUCUGCUCCCCUCCCCUCUCCGAUGUCUUCCCGCCCUCCCCCCUUCCUCCCGCCGCUGCUGUGCCUCCUCUGGCUUCUCCCCCUGCGUCCACGCCGACUCCUCCACCACGCACACAGCCACAGCCACAAACCCCUCUCCAGCAACCCCUUUCACAACUCCAGAAGCCACAACAACCCUUUUCGCAAUCACAGCAGUCUCAGCAGCCCCGGCAACAGUCUGUGUCCCCACCUGUGCAGCAGCAGCAGCCACAGUCCCACCAGCAGCAAUCCCAGCAGCAGCAGCCACAGUCCCACCAGCAGCAGCCACAGCAGCAGACACCACAGGACGGUGUGCUGGCAGCCACUCUGGCUGACCCACAGGCGCAGCAGCAGGUCGGGGUGAGUGGGGCGCUGGGUGGGCAGGCGCAGAGUGAGGCCGGGGGCACAAGCACUGGUGCAGCAACCGGGGGUGCUCAGCUCCCCCAGCCUGGCAGCCGUCUGUCGUACCCGGCACAGCAAUACCAGCAGGGAGACAUGGCAGCACAGGUCCCAGCGCAAGUGCCGACACACAUGCCGCAGUUUCAGGCACUGGGGCCACCGGCAGUGCAGCAGCCACAGCCGCAGCAGGUGCAGCAGGGGAUGCAGCGAAUGGGCGGGCCGCCGGCUCAGAUGCAUGUAGGGGGCGGAGGGAUGAUGGGUGCUGGUGGUUCAAGCCAAGCAGGGGGUGCAGGCCAAGGGGUGCCCAUGCAGGGGCAGAUGCAGGGCUCUGAGUCGCAGCAGCAGCAGGUGCAGCAGCAGCAACAGUACCAGCAGCAGCAUCAACUGCAGAACCAGCCACAGCAACAGCAACAGUAUCAGCAGCAUCAGGGUUCGGCAUCAUAUGGCAUGCAAAACCCAAUGCAGCCUCAGCAGCAACAGAUGCCACUGCAGCAGCAGCAGCAGCAUUACCAGCAGCAGCACCACCAGUACCAGCAGCAGCCACAGCAGCAGCAACACCAAUACCAGUACCAGCAGCAGCAACAGCAACAGCAGCAGCAGCAACAGCAGCAGCAGCAACAACAACAUUACCAGCAGCAGCAGCAGAUGCAGCCAAUGCCAGUUGCAGCAGCAAUGCAGCAACAACAGCAGGGGGGUUCCCUUCAGGGAUACCCCAACACCAUGCAGGUAAACCCUGCUUUUACCCCACUACAACCCACAUCUACUGCUGCUGCCCCUCCACCCACCCCUGGUGCUGCCAUGGGUGGUGAGUCAAUGGUUCAAGGCUCUGGUGGGCUGGAGGGGCCAGGGCAAGGCUCAGUGGGGGAAAUGCAGCAGAUGCAGCAGCAGGGAGGCUUUGGGCAAGGGCAGGCGCAGGGGAGCAUGGUGGGAGGGGCGAUGGGGGAUGGUGGGGUUGGCACCAGGGAGGCGCACAUGCAAGGGGGAUAUACCGGGGCGAGUCAGAGUGAGUUAUGAGUCACCUCGUCACCGCAUGAUGGGAAGGGUGAUGGGGUGGCGUGGUUGCUACCAGGGAGGCGCACAUGCAAGGGGGAUAUACCGGGGCGAGUCUAUGUGCAGCGGCCGAGUGCAGGCUGUGGUGGGUUCCAACCUCAAUCUGCAAACGCUGGCUAUGGUGGUGCGGUGAAUGGGAGUGUAACAAGAGUUCAACAAAGUAAUGGCCACUGAGCCAGCUAAUCAAGCAGCUAGCUUUCUGUGAUGUGGUAUGGAUCGUCAUGACUCGUGCCCGCGUUGCCUAGAUGCUUUUCUUUGUUACAAAUGCUAUCCUAACGUACAGCGUCAACUGCGUACUGUACUGUGGGCUUAUGGUUCCUAGAAACAUUGACUCCUCCUUGGUCAAGAUUCAAGAAUCUUGUAGAAUAAAGAACAGAGGAGGGGGCGAGAGGGGGGAUAAAUCUACCUACAUAUAUGUGUGCACUUCAUUCUGAUUAAUCAACUUGUCCUUACAUACCAGUAAGUUGUACCACAGCAUGGUUCACAGCAGGGCCUCAGAUUGCAGGCUUUUUACCCUGAUUCAGGGUAAAAUCAGGGCUUUUUUGGGGGGUGACCCUGAUGAGACAGGUUUUUUUUAAGACAAAGGCCUGAAAUUUCAGGGUUUUUUUAAGAGUGAACUCUGAUCGAUCAGCGUGCGUAGUGUAGUGUGGCCUGUUUUUCCAGCGU